CACAGCACAUAUUUUUUGUCAGACACUUCAUGUCUGGCUGACACUUCCUGCUUUGAAAUGUUGCUUGAAAUUACAUGUACUGAUGUAUAUCUUCGAAAAUACUAGAUUUAUCCCAUGUAAUUCCUUUAAAUAAUUUUUGCCCACUCCAAAUUGCCUGAUCUACAUAAAUGUACCAAAACUUAGUUUUGCACCUCCUUGCAUUGGGCCAACUGCACAGUGUAGCCACACCUGGUGAUUGUGCAAAACCAAACAGACGCAGAUACAGAAAUGUCCUCCCAGCCUACCAAACGUAGGAAAGUCGAUGGGAGUCUGCCAUUGACCAGCUUGGCAAACAACCACUUUGAUUUUGCUAACUUGGAGAACUGGACACCGGACGACAUCUGCAAUUAUCUAACUGCUAAAGGAUUUGCUGAUGAAGCACCAUUGUUUAAAGAACAAGAAAUAUCUGGCAAAUUUCUGGACAAGCUGACAGAAGACUUGCUCCGCAAGAUGGGUGUGAGCACUUCGAAGACACGCUUAUUAAAGAUGCUUAAAGAAGUCCACAAUCUGAAGAAUUUGUGUGACGUUGCCAGGACCAAAGUCCCUGUAGAUUCCCUCAAGGUAUUUAACGACCCAAUCCAUGGGCAAAUUGAGCUGCAUCCACUCUGCGUUCAGAUCAUCGACACUCCGCAGUUCCAGAGGUUGCGGUACAUCAAACAGCUGGGUUGUGCUUACCUAGUCUUCCCUGGUGCCGCACACAAUAGAUUUGAGCAUUCAUUGGGAGUGUGUCACUUGGCAGGGAAAUUAUGUCGGACACUGCAGAAAAAGCAGCAAGACCUGAACAUCACAGAGAAAGACGUCCUUUGUGUUGAAAUUGCGGGUCUCUGCCAUGACUUGGGCCAUGGUCCAUUUUCCCACAUGUUCGAUCAGCUCUUUAUUCCGGUAACACUACCAGAUUCUGAAUGGAGGCACGAGGAUGCCUCGAUAGCCAUGUUAGAUCAUCUGAUAAAGGCCAACCACCUCGAUAGCGUCUUUGCCGACUAUGGUUUACACGACCAAGACAUCAGCUUCAUCAUGGACCUAAUUGAUAAGCCGAAGAAGCAAAAUAAUAAACGUUUGCCUUACAAAGGCUGUGCCAAGGACAAGAGCUUCCUGUAUGAGAUUGUCGCCAACAAACGAAACGGUAUCGACGUGGACAAGUGGGAUUACAUCAUGCGAGAUUGCCACAACCUGGGCAUCUCUAGUAGCUUUGACUGCAACCGAUUAAUGACGUUCUUCCGAGUCAACGAGGUGGAAGGCGAGAAGCAGAUAUGCGCCAGGGAUAAGGGAAAUUUGAGCGACAUGUUCCACGCAAGAUACAACCUCCACCGCCGCGCUUACCAGCACAAGGUGACCAAGAUCAUCGAAAUCAUGCUUGUUGAAGCAUUAGUAAAGGCAAACGAUCACUUCUUGGUCAAAGGAGAGGAAGGCAAAAUGUUGAAGAUGUCAGAAGCAAUUCAUGACAUGGUCGCCUACACCAACAUGACAGACGACAUCAUCCUUCAGAUCAUGCGUUCCGAUAACCCAGCCCUGGCUGAGUCCCGUCGCAUUCUGGAGAUGGUCCAACGACGUCAGCUGUACAAGUUUAUUGGCCAGACACAGCGCCUGCCUCCAAAGAGUGUUUAUAAGGAAGAGGAAGAGAUCAUGAAAGAAGAGAUCAUUCAGGCUCAGGAACUCGAGAACAUGGACGGUGAACAACUCACCGCCGACCAGCUGAUCAUACAUAUUGUGGAUCUGAAUUUUGGCAAGGGUGGGAAAAAUCCGAUCAAAGAAGUGAGAUUCUACUCCAAGGCCAACCCCCAGGAAGCAGUCUUGUUGCGAAAGGAUCAGGUUUCACAGCUGCUACCAGAGCAUUUUGCUGAGCAGCAAAUCCGUGUCUACUGCAAGCGACGUGAGGACAAAUACAUCAACAAGGCUCAUGAGUGCUUCCAGAGCUGGUGUGACAAGAAAAACUACACGGUGCAGAAGGCUGAGAAUGAUGUGCUUGACUCUUCAGAGGCGACCAUGGAAGUGUCGACCACAGAUGUGUCCUGGUUGCAGGACACCCAGACCCCGGAGAAGCAGAGAAUCCCAGAUACGGAAUUCCAGUGAAAAACUAGCAUAAUUAUUAUGAGGUCCAAGAAGGAUUGAACUACUUUUCUAUCGCAAGCCACACAAAGAAGAAGGAGGCUGCCAUUAACCACUGUUGUUGCCCAGGUCAUUGGAUCACAAGUCUUCACAAAUCAGUCACAAGUCGGACGCUUCUACCGUAUCUUACAAGCUUUUCAAAUGAAUCAUGACAAGGGCAUUCCUUUGUUAAUUAUUAGUCAUCCCCUAUAACUUGCGACUAGACUUGCGAUUUACUUGUGACCAGAUUUAUGAUGCACUUGUGAUCCAUUGCAAGUACUUGGACUUCAAUACUGUUAUAUCCCACCUAUGUGCAGUGGAGUAGCUAGGCUUAAUUAUAACAUUCUGAUGAGGGGGCACACCUUUUUCUAGAGGGGGAAUCUGUGAAGGCAAGAGACAUAUACAUUUUAUAUGUUUCUGUUAGGCAUCCAUCUUCUUUCUCAAGUUGUGAAACUCCAACUUUCACCUUCUGUUUCUGUCUAAAGUAGCUAUAGAAAGCUUUUGGGCUUCUCUUAAAUUCCUUCAUAAGUCUUUCUUCGUAAUAUUGGCUUGCGCUUGUCUGACAAUUUCCCUGUCUUGUUCCGUUUUUUGUAGCCUACUCUACAUAGUCUUUGUACUGAAGUUUUCUGAAGUUUUCAGAUUGUACUUUGUUAUUAUUGAUUUCUUUACUUUGGAACAUAUCCAUGGUGGCUUGAAUCUCUUCUUUGCUUUCUUCCGUGGUAAAUAAUAUCGCAUGGCGGCACUCAUUUGAAUUUGAUUA